AUGGAUAACAAUCGUAAAACUAGUAAUAAUUGGGAUAAUGAUAAAAAAGUUGUGUUGGUAUCUCAUCUUGAUGAAGUUCCAAUAACAGUUGAAAGAAAAGUUCCACAUAAUCUUGAAGAAACUUUAGGAAAUCCUGGGCUCCCUCGUGCUAAUGUCGCUGCUUCUAGGGAAAAACCAAAUGGAACUAUAGGAAAUGUAAAACGACGUACUGUUGAUUUUUGGGAUACUGAUCAUGAUGGUGUGAUUAGACCAUUUGACACCUAUCAAGGAUUUCGUCGAUUAGGAUUUAAUAUAUUUUAUUGCAUAUUUAGUGCUGUCAGCCUUCAUUUGUCUAUUGCUUACAUGACACAGAAAAGUUGGAUCCCUUUUCUUGGAAAUCCAUUCUUCAAGAUAUACACAGAUCGAAUUUAUAAAUGUAAACAUGGAUCUGAUUCGGAAAGUUACGAUACCGAAGGAAGAUUCGUACCACAGAAGUUCGAGGAGCUUUUUUCAAAGUAUGAUAAGAAUAAUAAAGGUGGUUUAAAUUCUCGUGACAUUCUGAAUUUGAUUUACGGUAACGGAAAUGUAUGGGAUCCCGUUGGUUGGGCCUUCGCUGCUUUCGAAUGGGGAACUUUGUACAUGUUGUGUGCUGAUGAACAUGUUGCUAAUGAAUAUGAAAAACGUAAAAAUCACCAUUCUUUGUUUCCCAUUGAGAAACUUGAUAAACAUAAUUUCUUUCAGAAAGAAGAUUAA